GGCGGGCGGGCGGGCCUUAAGCUCAGGCUGAAAUUCACCCGGUCAAUCUGGGACCCCAGGUGGGGCUUGCACAGACGCGCGGCUGGGCUUGUGUUGCGUGUCUUUUAAGGAAUUUCCACCCCACCCUUCGGGGCGCUUCCAGUUUUUAUUUAUUUUCAUUUUUAUGUAAUGCAUUUUUAUAUUACCCAGUAGUUGAGGCUCUCAGAUGGUCAACCAAAGUUAAAAUUUGACAAAAGUUUAAAAGACGUGCACAGAAAUUAAUUUAAAAGAACAACCAUAAUUGCAAUUGCAUGGUUGGGGACUACGGUAGAUUAAGAUAAUAAAAUAAGCAACCGCAUCUGGUGCAGUGUAAUGGACAGUGUUUCCUUGGUAAACAUGCACCAGUCCCAAGCUGUCAGCCUAGCCUACCUCACAGGGUUGUUGAGAAGACAAAAUGGGGAGAAGAAUGGUCGUGUGAGCCUCCCUGCGCUCCUUGCAUGUAGAAUAAAGGGAGGGCGUAAAAAUAAGGGAGCUCCAUAUUAAAAUAAAAUCAAAGCUGUUAGUUACAAAGCAAACAGAAGCCAUAGAAAGGCAAGCACCCCAGUCCUAUGCCUGUUGGGGCAAGAAGAGGCUAGCAGGCCAGAUGGCGGAGCUGGCGGAGGUUUCUUGGUCCAAGCAGGCGCAGGCAAGUUGUUUAAACGCCUGGGGAAAUAACCUGCUUUUGCAAAGUUGAAGGAGUGGGAGGUGAGGGGUGUCUGUCUCAGAUCAUUUGCAAUCUAAGGAUAGCGUGACUUGGGGGAAGGGAACAAAAGGAAGAGGCAGAGCUGGGAGCAGCCGCGCCGGGAUGCGCACAGAGACCCCCGUGUGCCUCUCUGCACCCAAGCACUUUGCAGGCACCUCGGCUCUGUUCCCACGACCUGCUGCCCUGCCGAUGGUGCCGUGAGCAACGGGAGUUCGGGCUGCGGCUUUGGGACCCCUGAAGAGGAGACGGAGAAAGCCAGUCCGGCUUUGCUUGGCUGCGGGUCCCGGUUCGAACUCGGGGAUGUCGGAAAGACCUGCUGGAACCGUGGCCCUGGAGCCCUUUCGCGUCGCGCAGUCUCCGCCGGUUGCCUACUACAUUCCCGAUUUCAUCACGGAGGCAGAAGAGGCGUACCUGUUGCAACAGGUGUAUGAUGCCCCGAAGCCAAAGUGGACUCAGCUGUCGGGACGGAGGCUGCAGAACUGGGGUGGGCUGCCCCACGCGAAGGGGAUGCUUCCGGAGACGCUGCCCUGCUGGCUGCAGCUCUGCCUGGACAAGGUGUCCCCCCUCGGCCUCUUCGGAGGGAAGCCGGCCAACCACGUCCUGGUGAACGAGUACCGCCCUGGCGAGGGCAUCAUGCCUCACGAGGACGGCCCGCUGUACUUCCCCACCGUCAGCACCAUUAGCCUGGGCUCCCACACCCUCCUCGACUUCUACCACCCCGUGGGCAGGGAGCCGCCGCCAGAGGGCCGAGAGGAGAUCACCCCGCAAACGGAGGCGCAGCGCCACUUCCAGUCUCUGCUCCUGGAACCCCGCAGCCUCUUGGUCCUGCAGGAGGACAUGUAUGUCCGGUACCUUCACGGCAUCCGCCCCGUCACAGAGGACCACGUUACAGAGAAGGUGGCCAACCUGGGCGCGUGCGGCUCCGAGCUUGGCGUCACGUUGCAGCGUGGGACGCGAGUGUCGCUCACCAUCCGUCGUGUCCCCAAAGUGCUGAAAACCGCCAUUAUUCUGGGCAGGAGGAAAGCACUGCCUGGCAGAUGGAACCCAACCUGGUGGGUGCAAAGCACAGAUUUUGCGACUUCCAGCUUCACCGGGAACAGCAAGCGGCUUUCUGUGCUUGAAAUGCCCCCAUAACAGAGGAAGAAACCGGGUGGCCUGAUUUUGACUUCCACGCCUAUGCAGCAAAACUGAAACAGUGGCCUUCCAGGUGUUGCUGGAUUGCAGUUCCCAUCAGCCCUGGCCAGCUGGCAGGGCUGGAGGAUCAUGGGAGCUGCAGGCCAAACAACUGUGGGAAGCGGGGCGGUUUGCCUGUCGACCGGGGGGUUCAGACUCUUGGGUUCCUUUCCAGCCCCAAUGAUGCUCUUCCAUUGCUGCCUCGCCUUAUUCUGAUGCUUAGAGUCUCAUCCUAGGCCUUGCGCUUAUUUGUUCAUGUUUCACGCGGAAGUGCUCGUGUUAACACCUGAACUUUCCAAUUAAAGACCUGUUGGAUGCACACCUUCUUCAAGGAAUCUCUGCGUGUCGUUCUCGCCAGACCGCCACAGUUCCGAAGCGCUCGGGGUCUCCCAGACCACUUUGGGGGCCACGAGUGGCAAACCCACACAACGGAGACACAAAUUGUGCGCUGGAAGGACAGCUCCUGCGUUCUGCCAUCCGAAGCCCCACCUGGCGCAGCUGCAGUGGCAACAUCAGCUGGAAAACCUGAUCAGCACAUGGUUGCGUUGAUGGUCUUGGCUAGGUCGGACUCAGAUGGCUGAUUUUAAGGGUGGGGGGUGUGAUGAAAGUGGGAGAUAAAUGCAGAUGUGGGGGGGUCACCAGGUUCAGGCUACCUGCGGCAUCCCGCCUGCCAGGACUCUGAGUGGUGACCCAGGCUGCAACGAACGCAAGGAGAGGCCCGGGAGCCACUGACUCGGUGGCCAACUUCUGUUCCUUUUCGGCGAAAGGCUGGGUGCGUGGCACUUCAACGUUUUAAAAACUGAAUGCCGACAUUCUUCCGAGGGAAGCCGAAUGUUUAAACAUGAGCUGGUGAGGUCCAUGAAGCACGACGAUUUUACGUAAUCUGCUCUGCUAAUAGGCCAGAGCAGCAGAGGGUCUGGAAGGACGCGGGUGCUUUGCUCCUCGACCGCUCGAUCAAGCCUUCUGUGGCAAGGGACUCCUGGAGGUGCUGCCUCACGUAACCAAAGACGGCAUUUACGGCCACUAAGCUACACCGGCUGAAAAGCGAGAUUUAAACAUUCUCAGAUGGCUGCACUUGGCGCUUGUUCAGUGCGGGGGAAUGUUGUGGGUCCGUGACAUGCACAGAUCCAGGGAAGGGCCCUUGCUUGGUCGGCCUGCUCAUGUUAGUGGACUCCAAGUCCCAUCAGUCAUAGCCAGCAGAGAAGAGGGGAGCGAUGCUGUUACGGCUUGCCUAUGUUUAGGGUGUCUGCCCAUUCCCUGUUGCAUGAAAAGAGAAAUAUUUUGGUCUGGGUUGUUUUCUCACCUUCAAACCGAGGAGGACCUGCUUCGGGUUUUCUGGGAUGUGGCCACCGGGUCAGUUUAAGGACCGAAGGAUUGGUAAUAUCACAUUGUGUUCAUACCCUCCUUUCUUCCCCCUGUGCGGAACCAAAGCAGCUUACAAGGUUCUCAUAUGAAGUUGGCUUCCAUCGCCCGCUGGUGGAAUGACUUGAUUCUGCCCCGGUAAACUUUCCUAGACAA